AUGAAUCUUCGUAGAAGUUUGUCACCCUUGCAUGCUGAGUUUGAAGCACUAAUCUGGGCAAUGGAAUGCAUGAACACCCUCCAAUUUUCUGAUGUAGUGUUUGCAACGGAUUGUUCUCAGCUGGUGAAGAUGGUGUCGACACCUGAUGAAUGGCCUGCUUUCUCUACACAUAUAGAAGAAUUCAAUCGCAGUAAGACUUUCUUCCCUCACUUCCGGAUCAGACAUAUCCUUAGAGCAAAAAAUACAUUGGCGGACAAGCUUGCACGCGGUGCGAGGAGUUCUCCUUCAGCUUUGCUUUAUGUCGAUUCAAUCCCACCGGUUUGGUUUGCUAGACCGGUUGGAGUUUCUA